AUGCUGCUCGCCCUCUUAAAGCCCCGUCGGACAUCGCCAACCGGUCUGAACACACUCUUUGAUCUGUUGGAGAGGCAGCGCCGAGCAAAGGACAGCCUCAGCAUCCCUUUACGGAGGAUCCCUGGAGGCUUAGGGCAAGUUCGCAAAGAUUGCACGUUGCGGCAUCUGCUCCACCGACUGCGCAAGCUCCACCCCGUCGGCUCUGAACUCCCCGUCGUAUCGGUCUAUACACUCAUCAUGUCGAACGCGACGAUCUUCAAGGCGACCUACUCCAAUGUGCCGGUAUACGAAAUGCCGUGCAAGAGCGUGCCGGUCAUGCGUCGCCGGGUGGACAAUUGGGUCAAUGCUACCCAGAUCCUCAAAGUCGCUGGCUUUGACAAGCCGCAGCGAACGAGAGUACUCGAACGUGAAGUCCAGAAGGCCAUUCACGAAAAGAUCCAGGGAGGCUACGGCAAGUACCAAGGAACCUGGAUCCCGAUGGAAAGAGGCGUAGCGCUUGCUCAGCAAUAUGGCGUCAUCGCGUUGCUCCAGCCCAUCUUUGAUUUCCAACCUACGGGCGAUUCGCCCCCAUUGGCGCCCAAGCAUCUCACCGCGCCUCCCUCUCGUCCGAAACGAAAGGCCGACACGCCUCUCGACGGAUCUAUUCCUCGUCCCAGGCAGAAACGCACUACCCAUGGAGAUCCUGCCGAUUCAGACUCAGAUAUCCCGAUCAUGCCCAACUUGCCUCGAGCGGGCAGGAUGCCGGGAAGCGACGACCAUUCGCUCUCGCCCAGUCCGUCCGAUCACAGCUCGACUUCUCAGACACCGAGCCCACUCGACGGUCACUAUACAGACUAUGACAUGCACGGCAACGCUGUUUCAGCCGAACGUCGUCGUCCUGGCUAUACCGAUCACAAUGGCAAUCACCAAGGCCAUCAGAGCGCAGGCGGUCCCGUUCGCUAUGCUCGCCUGAUUCUCGAUUACUUUGUGUCAGAAUCAAGCCAUAUCCCGAGCUUCUUGCUCGCUCCUCCUGCCGAUUUCGAUCCCAACGUGGUCAUCGAUGACGACGGUCAUACUGCUUUACACUGGGCCUGCGCAAUGGGCAGGAUCAGGAUCGUCAAGCUGCUCUUGACGGCAGGCGCAGAUAUUUUCAGAGCCAAUGCAAUGGGCCAGACCGCUCUGAUGCGCAGCGUCAUGUUCACGAAUAACUACGAUCUACGCAAGUUUCCGGAACUUUUCGAACUGCUUCAUCGUUCGACAAUCAAUAUCGAUCGCCACGAUCGCACGGUGUUCCACUAUGUCGUUGAUAUCGCCCUCCAAAAGGGCAAGACUCACGCUGCUCGGUACUAUGCCGAGGCGAUUCUCAACCGUCUAUCGUCCUACCCUCGCGAGGUUGCCGAUAUUCUCAACUUCCAAGAUCUCGAUGGUGAGACUGCCCUCACUAUGGCUGCACGGGCUCGCUCGAAGCGACUCGUCAAGAUCCUCGUCGAUCACGGAGGCAAUCUCCAGCUGGCCAACAGGGAUGGCAAGACCGCAGAAGACUAUAUUCUCGAGGACGAGCGUUUCCGGUCUGCUUCUGUCGGUCCGGGCGGUGUCGCCCCCGGAUUCCCUGGUCUGAACGGCUACAAUCCGACUCUGCACUCUUCUGAAGCGGCUCAGCGAGCGGCGAAUCAGGCCAUUCCGCAGUCUGCAGAACUACUCGGCUCGCUCGCCAACAGCUUUGAUGCGGAGCUUGACGAGAAGGACAGAGACCUCAACCAGGCUCAAUCCUUGCUGACCAAUAUCAACCACCAAGUGGCAGAAUCGCAAGCGGAGAUCAACCAACUCAAGUCGGAAGCAAGCGGCCUCGAUGACGCAAAGCGAUUGGAAGCUAGCCUAUCUGACGAGCUCCAGAACAAGAUGGGAAAGAGGUUCCGGUUGGGAUGGGAGAGAUAUGUUCUGCAGGAGGAAGGACGACAGAAGGAUAGUCAGAUCGGAACAGCUCAGGAUGCAGAUCUUGACGCGAUUGCCUCGGUACCGGACUCACCUGACCAGAUCGCUCAAGAUUGCGCUGCACUGAGGCAAGAGAUUGCAACGUUGCAAGAUUCGAGACGGAAGAUGUUUGCUGACUACGUCAAGCUCACUGCCGAAGCGGGCACGGGCAACAAAAUGGCAGACUAUCGCAAACUCAUCGCUAUGGGUUGCGGUGUCAAUGUCAAUCAGGUCAACGAUGUGCUAGGCUCACUCGCCGAUGCACUCGAUAGCCAGAUUGCCGCUCCCGCUCAAGCUUAG